CAUAUAAAUUCUCCGUUUCAAUUUUUCCUUCUUCCACUCUCAGAACUUCCUCUCCCUCAGAGUUUAGGGUUUGUAGUAGCAGGAGGCGAAACCAGGUGAAAGAAAAUCAUGGCUGCUCCGAUUGAGUCGGUUCAAUGUUUCGGCCGGAAAAAGACGGCAGUGGCAGUCACCUACUGCAAGCGCGGUAGAGGUUUGAUUAAGAUCAAUGGCUGCCCAAUCGAACUCGUGGAGCCGGAGAUCCUCCGUUUCAAGGCUUAUGAGCCUAUCCUCCUCCUUGGACGACACAGGUUCUCUGGUGUCGAUAUGCGUAUUAGAGUAAAGGGUGGAGGUCACACCUCGCAGAUUUACGCCAUCCGUCAGAGUAUCGCCAAGGCCUUGGUCGCGUUCUACCAGAAGUACGUGGACGAGCAGAGCAAGAAGGAAAUCAAAGACAUUCUUGUCAGGUACGACAGGACUUUACUCGUCGCCGAUCCCCGACGCUGUGAGCCUAAGAAGUUUGGUGGUCGUGGAGCUCGUGCCAGGUUCCAGAAAUCUUACCGUUGAAUCGUUUAUCCAUUUUGGAAAAGACUUUGUGGUGCUGGAUUUUUGCUGCUUUUCUUCUUUUAUGCGUUUGAAUUUACAAGGUUGUUUUUUGUGUUUAACUGUUCUAUCUAUUUGCUCAUAAAAUUAGAUUUUUUGUCCUAA